AUGGGCGGAUCACCACCUUGUGGUGACUCGGUUCGAGCCAUCAAAGAUCACAAACGUCAAGCAACCACCUCUAAGAAGUGGCCCUUUCCAGUCGAAAAUGAUCACCAGAUCACUUUUUCGGCACUGGAUACCAAGGGCGUCCACAUGCCACAUAACGAUCCUCUCCUCGUCGACCUUGACAUCGGUGAAUGCCUAGUCGCAAAAGUCCUUAUUGAUACCUGCAGCUCAGUCGAUCUCAUCUUUCGCAACACACUCGACAAAAUGGGAGUUGAUUUAAGGGAUAUGAAGCCUUCCUCUCGCACGCUCACCGGCUUCAACGGAGCCUCGGAGCAAAUGAUUGGGACAAUUCGUCUUCCAGUAUACGCAGGUGGUAUAACCUGCACCGUCAAGUUCUCCGUCCUCCGCACCAAAGCACCCUAUAAUGCUCAUGGCUGCAUUACAUGA